GUAUUCUGUAGGAUUCAAAUUUCUUAUUUUUGUUGUCUGCCUUUACAGAAAACUCUUUUGCAACUUGUAGAUAUAAAGUGUUUUCGUUGUCCACAUUUGUCUGGAAAUCCAAUGACAUUUUGCCUCUCAACUUAUUUCACAAUUGCUUUAUAUUAUAUAUUUUCAAAUCUUAACAUGGCCGAUUUCUGUCCACAGAUCUUAAAAAACACCUGUAUAUGAAAGUCUGUUCCCAGUAUAGCUGGAAUUACACGGAGGACAAUUAGCAUAACCCUUUCAACUAACCCAGGCUCCCGAGGCAGCUUUGUUCAGUCCUACCUGUCUUGUUGCUGUGACUCAGUUGAUGGCACCCUGGCUCCAAGGCUGGCCCUGCUCCAUGGGAUCCUGUCUCUCUCAGAUACUGCCAUGGAAUCUUUCCGGAGUGAUCAGCACAGGAAGUGCUGCCUUAGACUCCCGUUAAACCUGACCAUGUGGAAGUUAAACGUCCCCUGGUGUGGUUGUAGGGCUCUUCCCCCCACCUCCUUUCGUGUUCUUCAUCUGAUCUUAAAGAAUGGGGAUGGUUAGAGUGGAGUACAGCAGCCAUUGCAAGAUGAUCAACAGUGGGGUUGUGAGGCUAAUUCACUUGUUUUUUGAAGUACCCCACUCAAAUGCCCAGUUAGGUGUAGGGCAGUUUCCUGUCUAGCACCAACUGCCAGCCUGUGUUCUGUCCUCAUCAUACACUUGUCUUACUGCCCCACUUCAUGCUUCUCCAUGAGAUUGUCCUUCUUUGUGUCUUUGUCUUGGUUUUUCACCCAUCUUUCUAUUUUCAUCUUUCCCUUCCCCUCCUCCUUCCCUGGGUGUUUGCAGCAGGAGCAGGGGUGGUUCUGUGAAGCCCACCGUGUGUGGGAUCAGUGGUGUGUCAGCGGGGUCCCUGCCAGGCUGGGAUGCCGUGGGCUUUGUUCCCUGCUAAUCUCCAGAGCAGCAGACAAUGAACUGCCAAUGGAAAGCUGGGACAAGAGGAUUAGGGAGCAUCUGUUCAAAGAGAAGGGGUGUUUUGGAAGGGUGGAGAACUUUCCUGAUUUAGUAGAAACUUGACUAGUGGGGUGCUUGCACUAAGAGCAGGGCACACUGAGCCUCUCCUGCCACAGGGGUGUCUGCUGAACUGCUGCAGGCUCAGGCUUGCAAAGCCCUCUGGAGCACUUGGUUUUAUGAAGAACCCAGUAAGUUCAGCUUCAGACUGUAAGGGUGUGAAUGAACUAGUAGGAAAUUUGUGUAAAAAUAUAAGGAGUAGGGAUUAAUUUUAAAAAUUGUAAUAAAGUACUUUGAAGAUUCCUGAAUGAAUGUAAGGUAAAGCAUGGUACCCGGGUGAAUAUUAGUAUUUCUCUCAUUUUUGAACUGAAAAGUCUUGAUUUUUACAUUGUAGUUCCUAAAUGUGUUCUGUUCAGAUGUCCUCAGUAGGGCCCCCUUGUCUGGGACAUCUCCCUUAGGACUUGCCUCAUCUGCUCCCCCGCUGUUCUUGUAUUACUGUUCUCUGAAGCUUUCUGCAGUGCUUUUCUGUCUUCUGCCUCACACUUUUAAACUUAUUGCCAUGCCCAAUUUUCUCAAGCUCUUUUUCUUAACCAAAUGUCACACAAUUAAGCUUAUUUUGACUCCAGCAUAUGUGGAUCUUAAAAAAGGAAGGUGAAAUAUGAGUUGAGAUGUACUGAUAACAGAGUAUGCAGGAUACUGUAUAAAGGAGUUCCUUUGCAAAGGUGGAGCUGUGUGAGCUUUGUGUGUUUUAUGUGUUUUUCACAGACUCCACUGUUUUUUUACAUAAAUGUGUAAUUUUGUAACACACUGCUACCAAGAAAGUAAACCCAGGUGCUUUUCAACUUGAUGCCCUGUUGGAACAGGCAGUGGGGAUAGAGAGCUGCUCCUAACCUUGACCUUUUUCCUUCUGUUUCCAGUACAAGAGCCAUUGCCUUCUGCAGAACUGGUCUCUUCAAGGAAAAGUCCUUGCUUUCGUUUUAUCCUUUCCAUUCCCCCUGUUCUCUUGGGAGCUGAUUUCAUUUGCAGCUGUGCAGUGUGUGCCUGUUUCUUUUCCAAGUGCUCGUGUGUGUGAUGUGCUCCUGAGUGGCAGUGCUGGAGAAGCAGAACCGCUCUGCGGAGACUGGGAAGGGCUCUCCAGCGUCGGGGACCCAAGAACAAGGAAUUCCUGGUGGAAUGUUCUCACGUGUGUUGAAUUGCUCUAAACUCUGUGUGUCUGUCCCAAGGCUGGAGGAGGAUGGGGGAGAAGUGUUAUGGUUUAUUUCUGCUCUGCACUAAAAAAAAAAAAACAACACCACUUUAUGAACUAUAUCCAUUGCAGCAAAAAAUAUACUGUGGAUAUUAAUAGCAUUUAGUUAAAACUUGAAGUAAAUGCAGUGGAAGCAAAUAUUUGAAUAUCAGGUUAGUAUUUUAGUGGGACGUGAGGCAGAUCCCUCUCUUGUGAGCAGCGUUGUAGGAUCUUUAACUCCCACAUGUGGUCAUGGUGUCAGGCCUGAGCCAGGCAGUGCUGGUCCAAGGCAGGGCUGUCUGGGGUGAUGUGCCAUCUCCUGACUCACCUGGGGUCUUUUCCUUCAGGAGCAGGGUUUUCCUUGGGUCUCCCAUCCCAGCACUAAGCCUGACCUUGUUUUGCUUGAGUCUGAGAGAACAGCUGAUGUCACAGCUGCAAUAUAACAGAGUAAAAAAUCACUUCUGAAAUGCUGUUAGCAGUGUAACUGCAAUUGGAACAAGAGGUCUUGUUUACUUCCUGCAAAAUGUAAAACUUGUUUUUCUUGUUCACAUCUGUCUUCACAUCGGUAAUUGGAAUUUUACUGCAUAAAGAUUGAAUAUUAUGUUUGGUCUUGUUUACAGAUCUUAUAGCAGAAACUUUUUGCCCAAACUUCAGUUACUUUUAACUUCCUUUCGUCCUGUUCUGUGGUGGUACAGGUUUCAUUUUCAAAUAUGUGUUAUAUGCCAAAGUCAUCUUGGAUUCUGUGGGCUUAAGUUUUUUGUGGUCUUCUCACAGACACAGUACAGUAAUGUAGGGUAUGAACAAAACCAUUAACCAGAGAUCAAGGCUUACAUGUCAGUAAACUUACAGAUGCUUUUAGACAUCAGCAACUUCUGAAAUUCACUUGUCUUCAGUAUGAAAGUAGCUUUUUGUGGAAGGAGUAUGUAUAGGAAACACUGCUGUAUUUUUAUCUGCAAUAAUAUAUGUAGGCUCUGGGUACCUCUUGAAUCUGUUAUGUGAUAAAAGCCUUGUAAGAUUGAGAUCUCUAAUGUUUUUUUAGAUCAACAUGAUGCAUAAGUUUAAAACUGCAUCUGUUUAAAGGGAUUUAUGACUAAAACUGCUUGUUUUUCUACAGAAUUGUCUGGUGUUUCUCAGCUUGAAGAAGAUCUGCAGUCAUUAUUGAUCCUCUUUCUUGGCGUUACCGUUUUUGAAGUGAAGUUUGCCUAGCUUUCUAGUGUGAGCUCUCUUUGCAGCCAUCUUAAAAAAAAAACUAUAAAAAACUAUAUUAAAAAAAAAAGGAAUUUUUUUUGAUCCAUAAAGUAGACAAGCUCUAGUUCUACAAUGUCCAAGUCAUUCCAGCAGUCAUCUCUGAGUAGGGAUUCACAAGGUCAUGGCCGUGACCUCUCUGCAGGAAUAGGCCUUCUUGCUGCUGCUACCCAGUCUUUAAAUAUGCCAGCAUCUCUUGGAAGGAUGAACCAGGGUACUGCACGCCUUGCUAGCUUAAUGAAUCUUGGAAUGAGUUCUUCAUUGAACCAACAAGGAUCUCAUAGUGCACUGUCUUCUGGUAGUACCUCUUCCCAUAAUUUGCAGUCUAUAUUUAACAUUGGAAGUAGAGGUCCGCUCCCUUUGUCUUCUCAGCACCGUGGAGAUGCAGACCAGGCCACUAACAUUUUGGCCAGCUUUGGUCUGUCUGCUAGAGACUUAGAUGAACUGAGUCGCUAUCCCGAGGACAAGAUCACUCCUGAAAACUUGCCUCAGAUCCUUCUACAACUUAAAAGGAGGAGAGCUGAAGAAGGUUAUGGUAGAGAUGGCAGAUCAUCCACACGGGAACCACCGUACAGAGUACCUAGGGAUGAUUGGGAAGAAAAAAGGCAUUUUAGAAGAGAUAGCUUUGAUGAUCGUGGUCCUAGUCUCAACCCAGUGGUUGACUAUGACCAUGGAAGUCGUUCUCAAGAAUCUGGUUAUUAUGACAGAAUGGAUUAUGAAGAUGACAGAUUGAGAGAUGGAGAAAGGUGUAGGGAUGAAUCUUUUUAUGGCGAGACUUCGCAUAACUAUCAUAAAUUUGACAGUGAGUAUGACAGAAUGGGCCGUGGUCCUGGUCCCGAGAGAUCUCUCUUUGAGAAAAAGAGAGGUGCUCCUCCAAAUAGCAAUAUUGAAGACUUCCAUGGAUUCUUACCGAAGGGUUAUCCCCAUCUGUGCUCUAUAUGUGAUAUGCCAGUUCAUUCUAAUAAGGAGUGGAACCACCACAUCAAUGGAGCGACUCACAGCCGCCGCUGUCAGCUGCUGCUCGAAAUAUACCCUGAAUGGAAUCCUGACAGUGAUUCAGGACAUGGAAUGGGUGAUCCCUUUAUGUUGCAGCAAUCCACAAACCCUGCACCAGGAAUUCUGGGACCACCCCCCCCUCCAUUCCACCUUGGAGGACCCCCUGUUGGGCCCAGAGGAGCUGGCAAUGGCAAUAUGCAGGGACCGAGGCACAUGCAGAAGGGCAGAGUGGAAACAAGCAGAGUUGUGCACAUCAUGGAUUUCCAGAGGGGAAAGAACUUGAGAUAUCAGCUGCUCCAGCUCGUUGAACCCUUUGGGAUAAUUACAAAUCACCUGAUUCUAAACAAAAUCAAUGAGGCGUUUAUCGAAAUGUCGACCACUGAAGACGCCCAGGCUGCAGUUGAAUACUAUUCAACAACACCUGCCCUGGUGUUUGGUAAACCAGUCAGAGUCCACUUGUCACAGAAAUACAAGAGAAUAAAGAAACCUGAGGGUAAACCUGACCAAAAGACUGAGCCCCCCAAACCAGAGCUUGGUCGUGUGAUUCACCUGAGCAACCUGCCACACUCGGGGUACUCUGACAACGCAGUGCUCAAACUGGCUGAGCCCUACGGGAAGAUCAAGAACUACAUCCUCAUGAGGAUGAAAAGCCAGGCUUUCAUUGAGAUGGAGACCAGAGAAGAUGCUUUGGCCAUGGUGGAGCAUUGUGCCAACAAAGCACUUUGGUUCCAAGGCAGAUGUGUGAAAGUGGAUUUAUCUGAGAAAUACAAGAAGCUGGUGUUAAGGAUUCCCAACAAAGGAGUUGAGCUGCUGAAAAAGGAUAAAACCAGAAAGAGAACGUAUUCUCCAGACAGCAAAGAUUCUCCCAGUGAUAAGAAGUCUAAAACAGAAGCUGCUCAGAAACCUGAAAGUGGCACUACAGAAGAAAAAGUGAAAGAGGAGAAACAAGAGGAUCCUGCUGAGCCCUCAGGUGCCAAAAGUGGGGAACAGGCAGAGCAAGAUGAGCCCAGUUUACUCCUGGAAUCUGAAGAUGAGCUGCUGGUGGAUGAGGAGGAGGCAGCAGCACUGUUAGAAAGUGGCAGCUCAGCAGGAGAGGAUGCAGAUGUUGCCAAUUUAGCUGAUGUGGCGACUGAAGAAAAAAAGGACACCCCUGAUGAUGUCACAGUAAAAACUGAGGGGGGGAAUGUUGUGGCCACUCCAGCAGCCAAGAAAAAGCUUAAAAAGCGCUAUGUGGGCGGCUUCCCACGGAGCAUGGAGGGCUUUGUGACCCUGGAUGAGGUGGGGGACGAGGAGGACUCCGAUCACCAGAAGCUCCGCAAGUCAGGCCUGGCAGGGAAGGCAGGAGGCAAGAACGAGGACAGUCUGGCAGAGAUCAAGGUGGACAAGAUCGAGGAGCCAGAGCAGGAGAACGAGAUGUUGGAGAACGGAACGAAAACCGAAGUCACCGUCACGACUGAACCUGUUGAAGCUUCAGAUGCCACAACAGCACAGGAUGCUGAGAAAAAUGCCCAGGAAAACACAGACCCCCAGGAUGAGCAGGAAACCAAGAACGUCCAAGAGAAACCUCUAGUUCCAGAUGAAUUUAGGAUUGGGCCGUACCAGCCAAACGUUCCUGUUGAAAAUUCUGGAUAAAAUGGCUGAAGACUACAGGCAAAAGAAAGAAGCUUAAAAAGAAGGAAGGAUGUAAGGAAAAUGUGGCUUUGUUUUUAAUGUUAAUCUUUUUUAAAAGCAGUACAAGUAGUAGAUGAAAUACUGUAUUCUUUUUUGUUUUAGUGAGAUACAGUAGGCAUUAUAGGUCUGUUCAUGUGUUAAAUGUUGUAGCAAAAAGCAUAUGCAGUUAAGUUAAUGACAACAAUUUGUUCUUAAUGUGAGAAUGGCAACAAGUUUUUGUUUUGACACUUCAAGCUAUUACAGAAAAAAAAUCCUGCACCCUCGUGGAAAGCUCAUCUAUGAGAAGAAAACCUUGUUCAAAUGAGAUUUACUACUUUCAAGCUUCAGAAAUUGUCUUUCAAUUCCAUUCUGAAUAAAAAAUGAAAAGUAACACUGUAUUUUUAUUUUAUCUAGAACAUUCCAUAUUUUGGUCUGAGCCUAGCAGCUAUUUAAUUUUGAGAGUAAGGCUGUCAUUGCAUUUCACUUUGGAAAAGUCUUUAAAUGUAAGUUGCAUUUUUAAAUGUUGAAUUGCAAUUUCUUUUAAUGUCACUGCUGUUAUCUAUAGCAAAUAGGGAAAAUUAGUGAUUAGCCAGCUUUACAACUUUGUGACUUUUUUUCCUAAGCUCUUGCUAGACUUUCCUAUUCAGCUAUUCUGUGUAUUUUUAGUGAGAAGUAAAUGCCCAUUCUCUCCAACCAGUAUUAUUUCCUUGAGCUCUUCCUGCUUUUACUUGAAUCUCGUUGCUGUUGUAACAUCUCUGGUUUCUCAAAAGCAGCAUUGGAGUCCCAAAGUGGACAAAGGUAUCUUUAUAUUCUCCAUGUGGAAUUUUUCAUACCCGCAUUUUAACACUGUUUUCUGUUAAAAUCUGGUUUUGUCAAGACUCUUUAGAACUGUGCUCUUAAUGUACCUGCACAUGUGAGAUGUGAACAGGAAUUUGCAUGUGUAACCUGUGUUUAUCUGUAGUUUUUGUUAUUUACUGCUUAUUUGUGACUUCAGGUUACUAAAGUGAUUCCCAAUAAACCAAGCUAGGCCACAGUGGUUUGUUAUAGAUGUUUGGCAUGUUAACCAGUGUCUGCUAAACUCUUGAUCUGUGUCAUGUCACCACACUGAAACUCCAGCUCUUGAAAAUGUGCAUGUUUUAACACCUGUGAUUCAGCAGCUUCCUGCAUAACGUUUCUUUCUCUUCCCCAAACCCUCUUGCCUUCCCCAGCAAAUUAAAAUAUCACUUGUUAAAACCCCGGUAA